AUGUCUCUACCGAACGGAGGAAGAUUCGCCCCGCCACGUUGCAGGUCAAUGUUGGGUACUCUGAAAUUGCUGCGUGAACUCGAUGGUGCUGAGGCUAUGGGGCCUGGGUCGACCCUGAGGGAACGAGCUGCAUCCUUCUCACAUAGCAGUCGCGUGCCUGAGUUCAUCGAUGGCCCUGUGAAAGUGGCCGCACAGAUGCCCGCGCCAAAUGAAUACGAUGUUGCGACUGCCCAUUCCAAGCUGAAUGAGAGAGGGCGGUAUCCCACCCAGAAGCGAGGACCGGGAAGAUCUUUACGGGGGAGAGGCACCAGCGUAGUAGAUGAGAUAGCAGCAGCUAAGAGGUUUCUGCCGGGGCCUGGGACGUACAACCCUGGCCGUCUUCCUCAGCGACAGAGUCAAGCUGAACCCGUCCCCGAAUUGGGAAGGAAUACUUCUGUCGAGUCUCGGCGGCUUUUUCUAGCGAGGGAAGUGCCGGGGCCUGGGACGUAUGAUGUUCCUGCAACACCAGGAGGUCCGGUGCUGGCCGUUAUGAAGUCGGGCGAGGCUCGAUUGCCUUAUCCGAUGCCUGUGCCGUUCGACUACAACUGUCAAGCAGAUGUAGGUCGGGAGUCUCGAAGAAAAGAUUCGAGCGAUGUUAGCAAGUCGCUGAUGAGGAUGUCCACAGCUUCGUCUAAGCUCAUAGAUAUGCUCACAACUACUCCUAUAGCCGCCCGAGUCGGAACUGCUGAUCAGAUCUACGGCAGGUCCCGUCGACGGAGGAGACCGACUGCUAAAGGCCUCAUUGAUCGAAAGGACCAUGAUCCCAAUUUCGUGGCGCGCGACGUUUCGUCGCCGCAUGUUAUUCAAGCCAAUGUCGAGAGUGAUAUCAUCUCUGAACUUGGUGUGGCGACAUUUGAAGCCUCGGGAGGGAGCCCACAUACAGUGGUGCGGUCUGUGGAGCAGACAGGGCGAGCAAGGCCGGUUGAUGUGGACGUGGAUGGUCAGUCGAAAGCCGCCGUCCCUGAAUGGCACUCCGAGGAGGACUUCGGCGCCACUCAGGAAAAGCAAACUCACAAGUCAGCAGUGGCCGAUGAGCCCGGGAAGGGUAUCUCAUCUAUCGAGAAGAGGCUGGAGGACUGUGAGACUCUCUACUCUACCGAGCUGGCCGGUCAUCUUCGUCGGCCCAAGCCGAAAGGGCUGUUCUUACCGGAGUCGUCUGUGGACAGGAGAAUCGUGAGGAAUGACUGCCAGACGGUCGAUGAUGACGAUUGGCUCGAUUUCCGACACAAGAGGGCAUGGAUCGCAGUCAAGGCCCUUAGUGAGGCUAUGCAGACGUUACUUGACCCCUUGGACACGCCUGUGUUGCUGGACCGGGCUGAGGCUCUAUUGAUGCGCAAGUUGGUGUCGAAGGCGAAGCUAUUAGGGAUGACUCCAGACCAAUGCCAAGCCCUUGUUCGGGAGUUGCCAAAUGCUAUUGCAAAGUGGAAGUCGGAGUUGACCAAGAGCUCCACGUAG